AUGGGAUAUUACACGGGCGAUGUCAACGGUGCUAUUGGCAUCUUCCCCGAUCCGUACUACUGGUGGGAAGCUGGCGCCGUCUGGGGGGCAAUGGUUGACUACUGGUACCUUACGGGCGACGAUCAGUACAACGACGUUGUCUCGGAAGCUCUGCAGUCUCAAGUUGGUCCAAACGCCAAUUAUAUGCCCCCGAAUCAGACGAGAACGCUGGGUAACGAUGACCAAGCUUUUUGGGGUCUCGCGGCUUUAACCGCCGCUGAACGUUCUUUUCCCAGGCCCCCUCCUAACCAACCUCAGUGGCUUGCCCUAGCGCAAGCAGUGUUCGAUAGUCAAGCUCCCCGCUGGGAUACCGGCACGUGUGGAGGAGGCCUGAAAUGGCAGAUCUUCACAUUCAACAGCGGAUACAACUACAAAAACGCCAUCUCCACUGGGACGUUCUUUCAACUUGCUGCGCGCCUCUACCAGUAUACCGGCAACCAGACGUAUGCAGACUGGGCUACGACAGCUUACGAAUGGGCCACCAACGUUGGACUCAUUAAUGAUGAGUAUCACAUCUUCGACGGCACCGAUGACACGACGAAUUGCACACAGAUCAACCAUAUCCAGUGGAGCGCCAACGCUGGCCUCUUCAUAUAUGGCAGCGCCGUCAUGUACAACAUGACGAGCUCAAACACUUGGCGCACGCGCACCGACUCCCUGCUAAGCGCGAACCUCCGCAUCUUCACCUACUCCGUAGAAAGCCAGCCUUCCGGCGGCAUUCCCGACGUCAUCUACGAGCCGGCCUGCGAGCCCAUCGGCAGAUGCAACGUCGACCAACUUGCCUUUAGAGGUCUUUUCGCGCGUUGGCUCUCCCGCACCGCCAUUGCGGCCCCCUUCACCACCGACGCAAUCUUUCCGGUUCUCGGCGUCUCUGCUGAGGCAGCUGCAGAGGCCUGUGAUCCUGAGUGCGGAGCCCGUUGGUACCGUCCAGGUGAUAACGCGGAGAGGGGCCUCAGUCCGCAGUUGAGCGCUUUGGAAGUCAUCCAGGCGAAUUUGGUUGGCCAGGCUAGGCGGUUCGCAGAUGGCAAUUCGUCGACCGUGGGGAGUGGCAAUGGGACGGGGAUGGCGCCGAACGGGACUCAGGGGGCGCCGAACGGAACCCAGGCGACGGCGAGUGGGACCAGUGCACCUAUCGAAACGCAAAGUACGAACACUGCGCCAGGCAGCGCUGUUUGCGGAGCGGUAGCAGUGAUUGUAGCGGGCCUUGCUAUUGCGGGAUUGCUGUAA